AUGUCGUCUCGAGAACAAGAUUUUGAUAGGAAGUUAUAUGAAUUGCUUGAAAGAAAACCACCUGGAAUAAGUGCCUCUAAAAUAAAAGACUUGACGAGAAUAGCAAUGACUAGUCCAAAGUUAGGAGCAUUAUAUGUAUUGGAUUCAAUAUCACAAGCGGCACAGAGACAAAAGACAUUGGUUGCAGAAAAAGAUAGCGAUGGUUCUGUUUGGUCAGGAGCUGAAUAUCUUGAAAGGUUUGAGAAAAUAUUGGAAGAAAUGUUCUUACACAUUAUGCAAUGUCCAGAACACGAUAAGGAAAAAGUGAAACGUGUUCUUGACAUAUGGCUUACCAAAGAUGUCAUAUAUGACAAGGAUUUAAUUCGAAAAAUAAAAGAUACCUAUUUUUCUCAGAGAACUGUGACAAAUCCUUUAGAAAACAAUGUGCAUGAGUCUCAGUCGAUAACAACAUCACAUGGAGGUGAUCCGCGAAUGGUUUCUGUGCCAAAUCAGCCAAGCAUGUCGAUGUCAACAACUUUGGAUUCUUCAGCUUUAUUAGCUACAUUAAACAAUUUAACUCAAGGAACUUUGAAUAUACCUCCUUUUUUGUCAUCAAAUCCAAUAACUGCUGCUACAACGCAACCUAUUAAUCCAUCCAUCGCUUUUAAUAAUGUUGCUACUAACACGCAUGCUGUUACUCCACAGUUUCCUAAUAUUCCACAACCUUCUGUUCCUACGAGUAAUGGCUUUUUACAAUCUCCAGCAUCUUCAUCUAAUUACCAAUCACAAACUGUCGCAAAUAAUACUGAAACAACUAAAACAAAAGAAUCUUUAAACGAUCCUCUUGAUUUUGAUUAUGGAGAUAUGGAUGAAGAUGAUGAUGGAGACAUAACACAAUCAGGUGCAAAUGGUGAGAUAAAUAAUACUACUAAAGAGGCAAUCCUGACGAAUUCUAUAAACGUGAAACCUAUAAAUGUAAAUCAAUCGGCAGCAUCCGCAGCAUCAUCAAUGCCUCAGGAUCAAAACCAAAAUAUGGCCAAUCAAUAUUUUCAACCGUCUCAAGGAAAUCAAACUAAUUCUUCACAAUCGCCAUGGAAUGGUCAACAAGGACUUCUUCCUCCUCAGCCAUGGAACCCGAUUCCUCCACAACAGCAUGCACCGCCGGAACAUUUUCCGAAUAACCCGGCACCUCAAGGUUACCCAGUACCCCCUCCGGGUCACCCAUUACCUCCUCCGGGUCAUCCGUUACCACCUCCGGGACAUUCUAUGCCUCCAGGUCCACCACCUCCAGGACAUCCUUUACAUCAAGGUCCUCCGGGUCCACAACCAGCAGGUCUUCCUGUUCAACAUCAAGGUCCUCCACCUGCACAUAUGUUACAACACCAAGGUCCUCCAGGACCACUUCAUCAAGGACCACCUGGACCAAAUCCUCAAGGACCACCUGGACAUCUAGAUCUUUCUGCUGCAUUAGCACAAGACGAUUGUAUAGCGUAUGCAGAUCCGAACGUUGGAAGGGAUUUUAUUAAAGGUGUUAUGGAAAAAAUAUUUCUUAGUUAUGGCCGAGUAUCUACUAUCACGAUUAAUUACGAUAAAAAUCAUGCUUUCAUUAAAAUGGAAACACGAGCAGGUGCAUACAGAGCACUUCAAGGUCUUAAAAUGCAAGUAAGCCAGAAGGGUUUUGGACCUAAAAAUUGCUUUGAUUUUGACACUGGAGAAUCUUUAAUUCCUCUUAAUAGACUUACAGAAACAGAUCGUAAAUGGUUGUUUACUAGUGAAAGAGGUGGUACUGGUGGAAGGGAUAUAGUUGGUGGAAUUGUAGUUGAGGAACCGGACAUUGUAAUUGGUGAAGGGUUUUCAAGUGGUUCUGGAAAUAAAAAAUUAGGACCUCAACAUGAAAGUACGCGUAAAGAAAGGCGCAGAGGACACGAUAAAGGUGAUCGAUCAUCUAAUUCAUCAGAUUCUAGAAAGUAUUCGGAUGCAUCCUGGGAAGGAUCAUCUCCCAGACGUCAUGCAAGUAAAUGGGGUGAUGCAUCAAAUGACUCUCCUUUUCAAGAAACAGCAUCUCCUCCUUCACAAGAACACUUGCCUUCGCAGCAACGCUCACAUUCGUUUUCUCCAGGUUUAUCACCACGAACUCCUGAUCAUUUGCCACAACCAGAAUUCGGUACUUCUACUUUACCAACACAAGAACAACUUUUCCAGCAAAGACGGGAACAAACUCCACAACAUACCCAUAAAAGGGAUUAUUUUACUUCUCAUGGAGAUACACCAGCUCGUGAAGGUAAAAAAACUCGAUGGGAUAAAUGA